AUGGACCACGUGCAGGAAAAGGAUCUUGAAAGGAAUCUGACCUGGACUGAGAGUGGUCAGUCCGUACUGAAGCCCAACAUUCGCCACCUGUACCUUUUCGGCCUCUGGCCGCUGUGUGAGUCAAGACUGUUCAAUCUGUACACAUUUUAUGGUUUCAUUCUGGGCCUCUGGAACCUGACAGAGUGCUUGCUGACCAUUUACUUUGCCUGGGGAGACAUGGACGAGGUGACGCUAGUGAUGAUGUCAUCUGUUUCCAACUUGAACGGCCUGAUCCAGAUGAUGUUCUUCGUGUACGACAGGCGGCUCUACAACUCACUUGCCCGCCACGUGGCCGCUCUGCUCUCUGUCCAAAGCGACGUCUGCGACAGGCAUCCACCAUUGGCGGCCAUCUUUCGCAGUUCCCAGAGGCGAGCCUUCCGCCUGUCCCUGGCGCUGCUGCUCUUCAUGUUCUCUCAGUGCUUCGUGUGGUUCCCCAUGCCCAGGAUCGUAUACCCAGAGCAGAGGCUCCUGCCCUUCGCCCAGCACGCCUGGGACAACAACACCAACUUCUACGGCCUCUCGUACUUCGCCCAGUGCGCGGCAGGCUUGUGGAUGACGCAGAUGAGUUUCGGUAUUGACUGUCUCCUGGCGUCGAUCAUGAUCCUGCUGGCUGCGCAACUGGAUAUCCUCGCAAGACGAAUUUUGGCUCUCAAGAAUGACGGCUACAACGAGACAUUCGAGUAUUCUAAGAAGAGGCCAGGAGCGAGGUUCAGUGACACAAUGUACAGUGAUUUGUGUCUUUGCGUCGAAAGCCAUCAAAAAAUUCUCAGUUUCGUGCCUCAUCUCCAGAUCACAAUGAAUCCCGUCGCUAUGACGUCGUUCGGUUGCAGCGUUCUUAUUAUAUGUCUAGGACUGUUUCAAUCAACAUUCAGCGAGGACUUCAGUGUGGUGUUUAAGUGUGCAUCUUUCCUUCCGAUUCCGUGCUCUCGCCUGUAUCUUUACUGCUGGGCAGCCAACAAUGUCACGGAGCAGGCGGAGGCUGUGUCAGCUGCAGCAUACAACUGCUCAUGGAUGGACGCGAGUGAGCGUUUCAAGCGUGCCAUGAGAAUCCUCGUCAGCCGCGCACAGAAGCCACUGGUUCUGAUGGCUGGAUACCUGUACCCGAUCAACAGGGAGGCGUUUCUCACACUUGUAAAUGCGUCUUACUCAUACUACGCACUUUUGAGUCAAAUGAACAAACGCUAGAGUCCAAACAGAUGUCAGAAUGACAGUCUCAGAGAAUGUGGACACAAUAAAUCAUAGAUGACUUGGUGAGAUCAUUUUUAGG